CAUUCGUUUGCAUAUAGGUUUUCAUGCAGCUGUGCCUCUCGAUCGAACCAACGCGCCAUCGGCCUUCUGCUCCCCUUUUUCCUGUGGUGGCAUGGCACAUGGCAUGGAGCCGGAGAUGAGCUGCCAACCGAAGGCGUUGCAAAAGGCCAGAGCGGAGCACCAUGCCCAGGAUGUUGCCCAGACCGCCAAGCAGGAGCCAAGAUGAAGGCGAAAGUCUUGUUUCACCAACCAAGCAUUUUCCAAGACGUCUCAAGCAUUUCCAAGAAAAGCCUUCGACGAUCUCGCCAGAUGCUGCAAACAAGGGGUUUUUCGCGAAACCUCUGACGACGCUCUUGUGAAUAUCGCUCUCCAGCCAUUGCUUGCCACGCGGAACACCCGGCACAGGGAAACACGAGCUGCGCGCCUGCAAAAGGAGAACCCUGCCGUUGGAUAGCAGUCACAGCGCAAGCUGAUGAAACGAAAUUAUGAUGGAACCAUUGGGUUUGGUAGCUGUGUACUUGUCGGGAUUAUGCAUUGACUGGUCUGUCUCCAAGUACCUUGAUAUCCCACCCUCCAUCUUCGCCGUGUACCCGAACACAGCCCGGCCGCUAGCUAUUAUCGGUCGCUGUCAGUGCCAGUGGAGUUGGGAUGGGACCAAAUUGACAUGAUUGGACUCAGUGCCUUGCUCCCGCCCGCCGCUGCUGCCCAUUUUUGAUACUGUCCUGCCCUCGACUCGUCCUUCGUGUUGCCGUCAAUCUUUCUCUCUCUUUCCUUCCUCCAGUCAACUUCUGGCACAUUUCUUACCAUCGUUUCAGUUGCAAAUUGUUUAAUAUCGCAGAGGGAACUGCAUUCUUGUUGCUUGUUUCAGUGCCAUUCGUUACGGGCCCCCCUCUGCUUCAUUCCGACUUUCGUUGAACACAACAUCUUCUUCACUUUUCCGGAUUUUUUUGCCAGCAGAGACAGCGUGCGCCAAGUGAAUCAAUCCGUCUCAGACGUCAUUCCAACCGCCCUGACAACUACAUCCACAUCAAAACAGACAAUCCAUCAACAGGCUCACACUGCGCGCUUGUCGCAACCACAACCAGAACAUCACCAAAAUGCGAUUCUCUAAAACAUCUCUCGUUUCCGCCUCCCUACUACUAGGGCAGGCGGCCGCCGAACUUCCUCCCAUUGUCAUGAAGGGGUCCAAAUUCUUCUACGAAAAUGGCACCCAAUUCUUCAUGAAGGGUGUUGCUUACCAGCAAGACAGCGCCGCCUCCGGCCAGUCCACCGGCAGCUCCAAGUACAGCGACCCUCUUGCCGAUCCCGCCAGCUGCAGACGCGACGUCCCCCUUCUCAAGCAACUCCGUACCAACACCAUCCGUACCUAUGCCAUUGACCCAACCAAGAACCACGACGAGUGCAUGAAGCUUCUCGACGACGCCGGCAUCUAUGUCAUCAGCGAUCUUAGCGAGCCAAGCUUGUCGGUCAACCGCGACGACCCCAAGUGGGACGUCGAGUUGCUCAAGAGAUACACUGAUGUCGUCGACGCCCUGAGCGGGUACAGCAACGUGAUCGGCUUCUUCGCUGGUAACGAGGUCACCAACAAUGCCACCAAUACUGAUGCCUCUGCCUACGUCAAGGCCGCUGUCCGCGACACCAAGAACCACAUCAAGGCCACCACCAAACGCUGGUUGGGCGUUGGCUAUGCUGCCAACGAUGACGCCGAUAUCCGUGAAAACAUUGCCAAGUACUUCAACUGCGGCAACCAGAGCGAGGCCAUCGAUUACUGGGGAUACAACAUCUACUCGUGGUGCGGCGAGAGCUCUUUCACGGAUUCGGGCUAUGAUAAGCAGGUCGAGUUCUUCAAAGGGUACUCGGUGCCUGUCUUCUUUGCCGAAUAUGGCUGCAACAUUCCCCACGGUGCUGAGGGUCGUAUCUGGGAGGAGACUACUGCCCUCUACUCUGAUAAAAUGACUGGCGUUAUUAGCGGCGGCAUUGUUUACAUGUACCACCAGGAGGAGAAUGACUACGGUCUGGUCCAAAUCAAGGGCAGCACCGCCUCCAAGUUGAAGGACUUUGACACUCUCUCGACCGCCAUGGCGUCCGUUCGCCCUUCGCCUACCCAGAUGGAUGCCUACAAUCCCACCAACUCCCCCGCCGCCUGCCCCACGGUCAACUCCAAGUGGGUCGUCAGCGGCGACCGCUUGCCCCCUACCCCCAACAACGACCUUUGCGAGUGCAUGUACAAGUCCUUGACCUGCGUUCCUUCGGACAACCUCAAGACCACCGACUUUGGCAAGAUCUUCAAUUAUGUCUGCGACCAGACUCCCGAGGCGUGCGACGGCAUCAACGGCAAUGUCACCUCGGGCGUGUACGGACCCUUCUCCAUGUGCGGAGAUAAGCAGAAGUUGGGGUAUAUUCUCAACGAGUACUACAACUCCCAGAACCAGGCCAGCGGCGCUUGCGAGUUCAAGGGGCAGGCCACCAUCCAGGCGGCCGAGGCUGAUGACCGGUGCAAGGCUAGCUUGGCUGAGGCCAGCGAGGCUGCUAGCAACACCCAGGGUGGGUCAGAGACGAGCAAGAAUAUUGCCGUGCCUAUCCCCAUGAAGCACCUGUUUACGAUUGGUGACUUGGCUGUCGGGGCGUAUGUGGUUGUUGCUAUGGGCGUUGGUGCUGGUAUGGUGCUUUUGUAA